AUGAGGGGCCGCAGGGGCGACCGCAUGACCAUCAACAUCCAGGAGCACAUGGCCAUCAACGUGUGUCCUGGACCCAUCAGGCCCAUCCGUCAGAUCUCGGACUACUUCCCUCGCAGGGGGCCAGGACCAGAGGCUGCUGGCAGCAGGGGCUGCGGGGAUGCCCCAGCUCAUUUGACCCCUCUGGCUCUGGCCCCCCCUGCGGCUCUCCUUGGGGCCACCACACCCGAUGAUGGAGCGGAGGUAGACAGCUACGACUCGGAUGAUACCACUGCCCUGGGCACUCUGGAAUUCGACCUUCUCUACGAUCAGGCUUCCUGCACUCUGCACUGUAGAAUCCUCAGGGCCAAGGGCCUCAAGCCCAUGGAUUUCAAUGGCCUGGCUGACCCCUAUGUCAAACUGCACCUCCUGCCCGGAGCCUGCAAGGCCAAUAAGCUAAAAACUAAGACCCAGAGGAACACACUGAACCCUGUGUGGAACGAGGAGCUGACGUACAGUGGAAUCACGGAUGAUGACAUCACACACAAGGUGCUCAGGAUCUCUGUCUGUGACGAGGACAAGCUGAGCCACAAUGAGUUUAUCGGGGAGAUCCGAGUGCCCCUCCGCCGCCUCAAGCCUUCACAGAAGAAGCAUUUUAACAUCUGCCUUGAGCGCCAGGUCCCGCUUCCUUCACCCUCUUCAAUGUCUGCGGCACUGAGGGGCAUUUCCUGUUACCUAAAGGAGCUAGAGCAGGCAGAGCAGGGACCUGGGCUGCUGGAAGAGCGUGGGCGCAUCCUGCUGAGCCUCAGCUACAGCUCCAGGCGGCACGGGCUGCUGGUGGGCAUUGUUCGCUGUGCUCACCUGGCUGCCAUGGAUGUUAACGGCUACUCUGACCCUUAUGUGAAGACGUACUUGAGACCAGAUGUGGAUAAGAAAUCCAAGCAUAAAACAUGUGUAAAGAAGAAGACAUUAAACCCAGAAUUUAAUGAGGAGUUCUUCUAUGAAAUGGAACUCUCCACUCUGGCCACCAAGACCCUGGAAGUCACAGUCUGGGACUACGACAUUGGCAAAUCCAAUGACUUCAUUGGUGGUGUGUCUCUGGGGCCAGGAGCCCGGGGAGAGGCGCAGAAACACUGGAGUGACUGUUUACAUCAACCGGACACAGCCCUGGAGCGCUGGCACACCCUGACCAGCGAGCUGCCCCCAGCAGCAGGGGCUUUCCCUUUGGCCUGA